AUGGACAUUGGCAUUGUUGGCUCCGGCAUCGCUGGCUUGUACUUGGCCCUCUACCUCCAACGCAACGGUCAUCGGGUCACUAUCUUCGAGGCCGAGGACCGCAUUGGAGGCAGAAUAUUUACGCACUGGUUCGACGAAAACGUGUAUUUUGAAGCAGGGGCUAUGCGAAUCCCUCGAUCGAAAUUGCACUCCCGUGUCUAUCAUUUCAUUCGUUAUCUCAACGUGAACGGGAGACAGGACGACAAAAUAGAGCUCAUCCCUUACAUACAGGAGCACAGCAACAAUAUGGCAUUCAUUCAUAAUGCCAGGUGCAAUCUUGACAAUCCCCAGCUUUCCGCCCGGCUUAACCUACCCUUGCCGCCCAGGUACCAGGGUAAACCCGCGAGGGAGCUUUUGGGGGAAGUGAUCAGCCCUUGGCUGGCUCUGCUACAGAAGGAUUUCGAUUUUGGGUUCUCGCAGAUAUCGCAGUAUGACGUUAUCUCGUUUCGGGCCUAUCUCCAUCUAGUUGCUGGAUGGCCACAUGAAGUGAUCGAUUUCGUGGAGUUGAUGACCAGUCAGACGAAUCAGUUUGAUCUCAGCUUCAUCGAAAUCAUCAUGCAGAAUCUGGAUUUCAAUACGCAAAAUUGGGCCACUGUCCAAGGGGGAAUGUCGCGUCUUGUUCAAAGUGCCGUCCGGCUUGUCGGUCUCGAGAAUAUACACACCAACGCAAGAGUGCACCAAAUCGUUGAGCGCCAAGAUGGCAAGGUUACCUUGCGAACAACAGGGCCACCUGGCGGCACCUUUGACAAGGUGAUCCUUGCAAUCCCACCGGCAGCACUUCACCGAAUCCACGACCGUCCAACAUGGUCCUUCAUGAAGGAGCAAGCCAUUCGUAGCAUGCAUUUCGAGCCGCUGUACAAAUUAGGGAUACACUUCCGCACCAGGUUUUGGGAAAAGACCCCGUCACCUUGUUUUGGUGGCCAGAGCGCGACGGAUCUCCGAUUUCGAUGGAUUGUCUAUCCAUCGAACGACCUCGGAAGUCCCUCAGCUGGCGUACUCCUUCUUUACUGCUGGAUGAAUGAUGCGUAUCGCAUGCAGUCCAUUCCCCGUGACCAACGCAUCAGUCUCGCUCUUCAUGACCUCCAGCGGUUUUAUGAUAUUGUGGAUGUCUUCGACCAGUACGUCGAUGCUUUCGAUGUGUGUUGGAGCCAGGAGUAUGCUACUGGAGAUGCCAUGUUCCUCCCAGGCCAAUUCACACGGUUCCACCAGGUCGCUAAGCAACCGGAGGGUAACAUUCAUUUUGCAGGGGAGCAUCUGAGUCGGCACCAUACGUGGAUUGCGGGCGCAAUUGAUUCUGCAUUACACGUGGUCAUGCAAAUACAGGGUGAGAAAGACGUGCGAGGUCUUGGAGAAGAGUAUAUCAAAGCGACCCCGAAAAGACUCGAUGAGCCAUGGCGGGCAUAUGUGAUUCCACAUCACAACAACCUCGAGUAUGUUGCGGAAUGCUGA